AUGACAACUUCAGCAUUGAUACCAAUUAGUCAUAAUAAAAAUUAUUUUUUACAAUCAUCAAAAUCAUCAUCAAAUCGUUAUUCAAUACAUGAUCAUGGUCAUGGUUAUCGAACAUAUUCAUAUGAAUUUGAUUUGAAUAAUUAUGAACCUGAACAAAUAACUGUUUUACUUGAUAAUAAUGGUAAAUUACAUAUACAUGCACAUCGUUCACUAUGCCAUGAAUUUCGACGUGAAUAUAAUCUUGGUGGGCCAAAUAUUGAAGCGAGACUUGUACGAAAUACAAUUGAUACAUAUGGACGUCUUCGUAUUGAUGUAGAUGUUCAACCUCGUCCAUACGAUAUACCAUUAAUGCAUAAUAAUAUUCUAACAUUUGAUUUACAUGGUUAUCGACCUAAAAAUGUAGCUAUUAGAAUAAAUGAAGAUGGUUUAUUAAAAAUAAAUGCACAACAUUAUGAUAAUACAAGUGAACAUUGUAUUAGUAGAGAAUAUUAUCGUCAAUAUCAGUUACCAAAACAUAUUAAUCCUCAUCAAAUACAUGCAAAAUUAGAUGAAAAUCAAAUCUUAACUAUUGAAUUACUACAAUCAUUAUCAAGAAGAAGUCCACCAUGGGAACCUUAUUAUAAUAAAAAUGAUUCACAAGCUUAUAGGAAAGGACCAUAUGGAAACUCCUGUUGUUGUUGUAAUCUUAUGUAA